CCGGCCUCCAGUCGCCGCGAGCCGCCGGGCGGCGAUGGCGAACGUGUCCAAGAAGGUGUCGUGGUCCGGCCGCGAGGGCGAGGGCGAGGGCCGCGGGGAGUGCACGCCGCUGCUCAACGGCACGGGCGCCGCCGCCGCCCCCCCGCAGCUCACCCCGUCCGCAUCCUCCUCUCGGCUCGGGCACCUGAGCAAUGUGGACCUUGAGGAUGAGCGCGAGCUCCAGGAGCCGGACGUGGCCCAGCCCCUUCCCAACGAGAUCCCGCACACGGAGAAGCUGCUCUCGCUCAAGUACGAGAGCCUGGACUACGACAACUGCGAGAACCAGCUCUUCCUGGAGGAGGAGAGGAGCAUCCACCACACCGCCUUCCGGACGGUGGAGAUCCGGCGCUGGGUCAUCUGCGCCAUGAUCGGCAUCCUCACCGGCCUCGUGGCCUGCUUCAUCGACAUCGUGGUGGAGAACCUGGCCGGGCUGAAGUACAAAGUGGUGAAGGGCAAUAUCGACAGGUUCACGGAGACGGGGGGGCUUUCCUCCUCCCUGCUGCUCUGGGCCACCCUGAACGCGAGCUUCGUCCUGCUGGGCGCCGUCAUCGUCGCGUGCGUCGAGCCGGUGGCCGCUGGCAGCGGAAUCCCCCAGAUCAAGUGUUACCUCAACGGCGUCAAGAUCCCGCACGUGGUUCGGUUAAAGACGCUGGUGGUCAAAGUGUGUGGCGUGAUUCUCUCGGUGGCCGGAGGCCUGGCAGUCGGAAAGGAAGGGCCCAUGAUUCACUCCGGGGCCGUCAUCGCCGCCGGGAUCUCCCAGGGGCGCUCGACUUCUCUAAAGAGGGACUUCAAGAUCUUCGAGUACUUCCGGAGAGACACGGAGAAGAGGGAUUUUGUCUCCGCUGGCGCGGCCGCUGGGGUCUCGGCUGCCUUUGGGGCCCCUGUCGGUGGUGUCCUUUUCAGCCUGGAGGAAGGCGCUUCCUUCUGGAACCAGUUCUUGACCUGGAGGAUCUUCUUCGCCUCCAUGAUCUCCACCUUCACCCUCAACUCCAUCCUGAGCAUCUACAAGGGCAACCCCUGGGACCUCUCCAGCCCCGGCCUCAUCAACUUCGGCCGCUUUGAUUCCACGAAAAUGGGAUACACCAUUCAAGAGAUCCCGAUCUUCAUCUUCAUCGGAGUGGUGGGUGGGCUCCUCGGAGCGCUGUUCAACGCCUUGAACUACUGGCUGACGAUGUUCCGCAUCAGGUAUAUCCACCGCCCGUUCCUGCAGGUGAUCGAGGCCAUGCUCGUGGCGGCCGUGACGGCUACCGUCGGGUUUGUGAUGAUCUACACGUCCGGAGACUGCCAGCCGCUCCAGGGCAACAGCAUGGCUUACCCGCUGCAGCUCUUUUGCCCCGACGGGGAGUACAGCUCGAUGGCCGCGGCCUUUUUCAACACGCCCGAGAAGAGCGUCGUCCGCCUCUUCCACGACCCUCCAGGCACCUACGACCCGAUGACGCUGGGCAUGUUCACGCUGAUGUACUUCUUCCUGGCGUGCUGGACCUACGGGCUGACCGUUUCCGCGGGGGUCUUCAUCCCCUCGCUGCUGAUCGGGGCCGCCUGGGGCCGCCUCUUCGGCAUCUGCCUGUCCUUCGUGACCAGCGGCUGGAUCUGGGCUGACCCGGGGAAGUAUGCCCUGAUGGGAGCCGCGGCCCAGCUGGGGGGGAUCGUGAGGAUGACCCUCAGCCUGACCGUGAUCAUGAUGGAGGCCACCGGCAACGUCACCUACGGGUUCCCCAUCAUGCUGGUGCUCAUGACAGCGAAGAUCGUGGGGGACUUCUUCGUGGAGGGUCUCUACGACAUGCACAUCCAGCUGCAGAACGUGCCCUUCCUGCACUGGGAAGCCCCCGUCUCCUCGCACUCCUUCACGGCCAGGGAAGUGAUGAGCACUCCGGUCACCUGCCUGCGGAGGGUUGAGAAGGUGGGGACCGUCGUGGACAUCCUCAGCGAUCCGUCCUCCAACCACAACGGCUUCCCCGUGGUGGAGAGCGUCCCGGGCGACGGCCAGGUGGUAGGCCCGCGUGGCCUGCUCCUGCUCUCACAGCUGAUUGUGCUGGUGAAGCACAAGGUGUUUGUGGAGCGGGCCAACCUGUCGCUGGUGCAGCACCGGCUGAAGCUGAAGGACUUCCGGGACGCCUACCCGCGCUUCCCCCCGAUCCAGUCCAUCCACGUCUCGCAGGACGAGCGCGACUGCAUGAUGGACCUGACCGAGUUCAUGAACCCCUCGCCCUACACGGUGCCGCAGGAGGCAUCCCUGCCGAGGGUCUUCAAGCUCUUCCGGGCACUGGGCUUGCGCCACCUGGUGGUCGUGGACAAGCACAACCAGGUGGUGGGGCUUGUCACGCGGAAGGACCUCGCCCGGUAUCGACUGGGGAAGGAGGGCAUCGAAGAGGUGCCCCUGGCGCAGACGUGACUUCGCCCGGGCUCGGCAGACCUCGGUGUGCGUCAGGGGCGGCCGCCCCAGGAGGCCGAGGAGGAGAGGCCCCCGAGCCCCGCGCGCGCCCGGAACGGCCUCUCUUCUCGUGGCGUCUGGGCUUGGGCUCCCUCCGCGACCCGCCACCUGCUCUCGGCCACAUGGAACUGCUUUGGGGCUGCCAGCGGGCUUAGGAGAAGCAUCCCGAAGCGGCCAGCAGCAGCUGCCACACACCCGCGCUGGGGGCCCGUGCAGGGGCCCGCCACCCCCCAGCACUGAGCAGGCCCAGCUCUCACCGACCGUGCCUUCCGCGUCUCCUCCGCAGCCCUGGACCGAGCUGGCCUUGUGGUGCAGCGGCCACCGGGCCGUGCUUCCCCCGCACGUCUGGGGUGAAGGCCGCCCCAGCUGCCCCCCACCCGCCUUCCUUCGGGCACUCACCCUCGGGCACGGCAGAAGCGUCCGGCGAGGGGAACGCGUGUCUGCCCCGAGUGCCCCGUGGAGACUGGGGGCCCCCUCUUGGGCCCCGCUGGCCUAGAGAGCCCCGCACAGGAGUCCUCGCGUCGCCGCUUGUCCGGAAGCUCGCUGGAGGACGCUGGCCCCCGUUCUGCUCCGGGGGGCUGUCCAGGCCGCCCUUGCCCUGCCUGGGGCCCCCACUUGGAGAGCUUCCGCCUCCUGGCCUGCAGGCACCCCACAUGGACGCCCCUCUCCGUGCCCUGCCUCCCCGCAGCUGCCCUUUCGCCUUGCCCCAGGGGCCGGGGCUGAGGCACCAGCCGUGGCGGCUCCUCUCCCCUUCCCUGCGCCACUUCCCAGAGGUCCCGCUCUGGACGGGCUUCUCUCUCUGUGGGUCUGCAGGGCAGCCGUGGCUAAAGCUGCCUGCUCAGCGGUGGGCCGGAUGAAGAGGCCCUGCCUGUGCCCCACCUGCCCCACAGGGCACGUGGGCCUUCUCCUGUCCUCCCAGCCCGGGCCGGAGGAGCAGCUCGCAGGCAGGCAGGCAGGCAGGCAGGCAGGCAGGCAGAUGGGUUGCCGGCAGGCCGCAUUUGCUGGCCCCGCCCCGCCCGGGCCUGGGCAUAGGGCCCCUCCUGCCGCUGCCCCGCUGCCCCCCACGCUUUGCUGGGACAGGCGCCGCUGCCCCAAGGUGCUUCUGGGGCCGGAAUAAAAGGAACACGCUGUUUGUACUCUG